AUGCCACUGCCGACUCCUCCCCCGCUUUUGGGCUUCCCACAUUGCCGCGCUGUUCGCAUAGGUUGCGUAGCGGCUUCAAGCGGCUCCCGGCGAUGGCUGGCCACAAGUAGCUCGCGUCUGGCAGGUGCCCGGCUGCAUCGCGCCGGCAUAUCGCCGCUGGGCCGGGGCGGGCUGGCCUCGUUCGCAACUCGUGGUUUUGGCUCCGCCCGCUCCAUUGCCUAUAUAUCAUCUAAUGCAAACAAUUCGGGUGCGCUGAAGACGGACACCAGCAACGCAGCAUCGAUCCAAACCACUCGCCCGCCGCUGCCAUCACAGGUUUUUUCUGCUGCUGCCAACCAGACCCGCGCCGCAAGCACAUCCGGCAGGGCCACUUCGAGCGCGUCAAACUUUCCCAAUCCCAACAUGUACACGGCGUCGUUUGCCUUUUUCGAGGCGCUGUGGGAGGCGGGUGUGACGCACUGCUUCGUCAACCUGGGCUCGGACCACCCCAGCAUCAUCGAGGCCAUGGUGCAGGGCCAGCGGGAGAAGAAGGACAGGUUCCCCAAGAUGAUUACUUGUCCAAACGAGAUGGUUGCCAUGUCCAUGGCGGACGGCUAUGCGCGCCUGACGGGCAAGCCGCAGUGCGUCAUUGUGCAUGUGGAUGUCGGCACGCAGGGCCUGGGUGCGGCGGUGCACAAUGCCAGCACGGGGCGGGCGCCCGUUCUUGUGUUUGCGGGCAUCAGCCCGUUCACGAUCGAGGGCGAGAUGCGCGGCUCGCGCACCGAGUACAUUCAUUGGAUCCAGGACGUGCCGGACCAGAAGCAGAUCCUGGGCCAGUACUGCCGCUACGCCGCGGAGAUCAAGACGGGCCGCAACGUCAAGCAGAUGGUCAACCGCGCGCUCACGUUUUCCAAGUCGCAGCCCACGGGGCCGGUGUACCUCUGCGGUGCGCGCGAGGUCAUGGAGGAGGAGAUCACGCCGUACCACCUGAAGCAGGAGGACUGGACGCCGGUGCAGCUGGGCGGACUGCCGCUGUCGGCCGUGCACGACAUGGCCACGGCGUUGGCGGGUGCCAAGGAGCCGCUGCUGAUUACGGGCUACGCGGGGCGCAACCACGGCGUGGCGCCGGCUCUGGUGGAGCUGGCCGAUGCGGUGCCGAAGCUCCGCGUGCUCGACACGGGCGGCAGCGACAUGUGCUUCCCUGCGGACCACCCGGCGUGGCUGGGCCUCCGAUUCGGAGCGCACGACGCCAUCCGCACGGCCGACGUGAUUGUUGUCGUGGACUGCGACGUGCCGUGGAUCAACACGCUCUGCCAGCCCAAGGAGGACGCGCGGGUGUUCCACAUUGACUGCGAUCCGCUCAAGAAGAUGAUGCCAGUGUUCUACAUUGCGGCGGAGCAGCGGUUCCAGGCGGACUCGCUGCUGAGCAUCCAGCAGCUCAACGACCAUUUCAAGACUCGCCCGGUGGCGGACGCCACCGGCCACGACGAGCGCGUCGCCGUGCACAAGGCGCUGCUGGCCAAGAUCGACGCGGCGGCCCAGCCACAGGCCGACGGCGGGUUCGGCGUGGGCCACUUGACCAAGACGCUGCGCGCGACGUGCCCGUCGGACACGAUCUGGGCGAUCGAGGCCGUGACGAGCACGGGCUUUGUGCACGAGAACCUGCGGCCGACGCAGCCGGGCCAGUGGAUCAACUGCGGCGGCGGCGGACUGGGCUGGUCGGGCGGCGGUGCGCUGGGCAUCAAGCUGGCGACGGACUACGAGCACGGCGGCACGAACAAGGGCAGGUUUGUUUGCCAGAUUGUGGGCGACGGCACCUUUUUGUUUUCGGUGCCGGGCAGCGUCUACUGGAUCUCGAAACGCUACAACAUUCCGGUGUUGACGAUUGUUCUCAACAAUAAGGGGUGGAACGCCCCCCGUCGGUCGCUGCUGCUGGUGCACCCCGACGGCCUGGGCUCGCAGGCGACCAACGAAGAAAUCAACAUUGAGUUCAGCCCGUCGCCCGACUACGGCGGCAUUGCCAAGGCGGCCGCGGCGGGCGAUCUGUUUACGGCGCGCGUGGACCAGUCGGCCGAGCUGGAGAGCGUGCUGAAGCAGGCGAUUGCGUCGGUGCAGAGCGGCACGAGCGCGGUGGUGGACUGCAAGGUGGCCAUGGGGUGUUAG